AUGGGAGGGCGCUAUCGGACGCCGUCACCAGCCAAAGAGAUGCAUAUCAGUUCGAACAACACCAACUCGCCUGAAAGCAUGUACCACUCAUACGCCACCGAGCCACCCCAAUUUCUUGGAUACCACCAUAGCACCGAGACCCACAAUUCCGCUUCUACGCCGAUGAAGAGCGGUAAUCCGCAGAUGCAACUAUUCAUCUUGCCUCCUAAAGACUAUGGUGCCAGUGGAGAGGGUGGCAGCUCGUACAACACCAAGAGCCAAGACCGUUUCAUUGCAGAAGAUCAAGCGGAAGAGUUCAACGAGGUCGAAGAGCCAAAGACCCCUACUAAGAUUCGUACGUCGGUGCCCUGGCAUGGACUGCUCUCUCCGAAGACCCCCGGUUUCGUGAGUGAUGGUUCGAAACCGGACGCUGUGCACUUGGACAUUGAGAUGAACGAUGUCGGUGCACCUGGAGCUCUGAAUGACGUUGCGUCUGAAGAGAAUAAGAGCGAUGGUGAUGUCGAAGCGGUAGAGCGUGAUGCGGCACUUGCGCGCGAGCUCGAAAAGGCGUCGAGUCCCACGCCGAUGCGGCGUAGUGCCAGAGUACGCAAACAGACGCAAUCGUACUACGAUACCAAGCCGUCUACACCAGCCACGCCGGUUACACCUACUCCACGAGCCACCCGCAAACGCCCCGUGGACAACGAACUUCCGGCUCAACCCGAAUUCAGCAUCGUAGCUUGCAAGUCAGAUCCCAUACCGUUCGAGGGGCUUCCUAUUGUGCAAUCACUGGAUUGGCAGCUGCAGUAUCCCCCGGGCGGGAGCACGCAUCCAUCGUACCCAUAUCCAGUUCUAGAUCCGCGGUUGAUAUUCCACCAACCAUUCGUACCCGUUGUCGAUGGCUUGCCGGAUAUCUCUCGCGUGCCAAAACUCGUGCUUCCCUUGAACUGGAAGCAUGUCUCAUGGUCUGGACUUCUCCCUAUCGUCUUCGAUCCUUACCGUCAGGCGUUCAAGCUGACUCCUAUCGGGCCAUUGCCCCUCACUUGCGAGGAGCUACGUCAGGCUGGCCUACACAAGUACGUACCGGGUGGGGAGCUUCACCCAGAGUAUGGCUUGCUACCCGACAUGCUUAAGUUGAGCGAUGGAUCAGACGCAGAAGUGUUUGACUUUGAUGGUGUCGACUGGACAUUGCCGUGGGAGGGCCUGUUGAACUUCCAUGCACCAGCUGCCUCAGGACCCGAGUCAAGCAAUAGGACUGAUAGCCUGAUCGGUCCUAGUACUUUCAACAUAUUCAACUUGGAGAUUUCGCGCCCGUGGCGCGAGGCGCGAGACUGCCCCGACAUGAUCAUCGACCUCACAGACGGCUGGCGUUGGCUUGCCUCAAAGGAAGUCGAUCCAAUCGCCGACUUCAUUCCCACACCUGGAAAGACCCGACGCGGCACUGGAGCUCUCCGCUCAAACCGCAAACUCAAGUCUCCAAUCCCUGAGCUCAUGAUGCUAGCCCUCGAAGCGGAGCAGCCUACCUUGCCACUAUCAGCUGAGCUCAAUCCCAUUCUCCAGAACCAGGACCACUACCCCACCAGCCCAACUAUCAAUCUAUUCUGCCCAUUCAAGAGCGUCGCCACACCCGUAUAUGUUGACAUUACACUAUUAGGUGACACGGAAUUCACUAUCAUGGAGCUGUUAUCAUAUUUCCCCCAACACUACUACUGGGGUCACGCAGCAGACCGCCUAGCGCGUGCAGGCGUCUCAUCGAGUUUCGUUUGCAAAGUACUCAGCAUGACGCGUGCUCUGGACGGCGAUACAGUGCCCAAGUGCGGUACUAUUAAUAGUGCGGCUAAGAAUGCGCGUGAGAGAGACGUCGUGAGGUGCGGGGCCGCGGAUGGAAUGGACACCGAGGAAGGAGACGGAGACGCGAUUGGUUCCAUGCCGGCCUCGUUGACUACAUCUGAUGGCGCAGAAGUUGUUGCUAGUUAUACGGUUGAGGGCUGGACUUACGAUGCCUGGGGCAAAAUCGACUAUCCACUUCUUGCUCUUGCGCACGGUCUGCAGUCGCUUCCUUCGGGCGUGGAUGCUGGGCCGUUGACUAAGGCGAUUCUUUGGUGCAGAGAGAAUGAGUGUCAUCGCGUUCUGCUGAGCGAGGUUCCUGGUUUGCUGAAGGAAAUGAGUAUCGAGUCGCUGAUUGAACCGGGUGAAGCUGGAUGUCCUGACAAAGAAGUUACGAGCAGGCAUGCAGAGGCGUUGAAGAAGGAGCGGUUGAGGUUGUCGAGGAUGGCGAAGGCGGAGAAGAUGGGUAUGGAAGGUGGUGAAGGAAGGGGCAAGAGGAGGAGGGUGGAGUAG